AGACCGCACUGCUGAUCUCCUCGCGAUUUUCAAAAUAAAAUUUUACAACCGGAAUAAAAAUAAAAAUUAUGAUUUUCAUUUUGUGAAACAAUUAAUUUAACUAAUUGCGGUGGUAGAUUAGCUAACUAUAUAAAGACAAAUUCAAGUAGUGCCAUUUAACAAUUCAGUCUUUGGUUUUAUUUUGUGUGGUUGGGAUUUGAGAUUAUUUGCAUUGAACUUCGUCUGAUUUUGGUUUAAUUGACUGAAAGGCGGACAUUACAAGUCAUGGCCACCCUAAAAGACGUCCUUCAACCUGAAAAACAUGACGAAUGGGUGCGGUAUUUUAUCUUCCCCUCAUCCUCAUCGUCAUCUGACCUGCAAGAACAACUAUUUCGACUCAGUGCCGCAUGCCAAACCAUUAUUGGAGAUUACAUCUGGCACAACGAGCCAUUUCUUUUGAGACGAGGACUUGCUCCGUUGUCAUCAUUUGAUGAUGAAGAUGACACCGAAGGUCAGCAGGAGAAAUGUCACAAUGGAGAUGAUAACUUGCCAUACUUUUACGGGAUGACUCAUUUUGGUGACAAUUUGGAAGACGAAUGGUUUAUUGUGUUCAUUUUACGAGAAUUGAGCAAGAUGUUUCCAGAGUUGGUGGUCAAGGUGGACGAUAAUGAUGGGGAAUUUCUAUUAAUUGAGGCAGCUGACCAUCUCCCCGAUUGGGCAGAGUCCGAUGAAUGCUGUAAAAAUAGGGUUUACCUACGUCAAGGGAAAGUUCAUCUCAUCCCGAACGAACUGACGCCCAACUGUACGGAGGACGACGGUUUAAAAAUUGCUCAAGCUGUUCAUACCAUACGGCAAAAUCCAAUAUCCGCAUCCGUUGCGAACGAAAGUAUCCAAAAAGUAAUUACCAAUCGUAUCGGCAACUAUCCACAAAAGAUGGAGGAGAAUUUCUACCAUGUCAAAAUAUUCUUGCCACCACUUCUUGCCACUAUAUUAAAGGAGAAGCCAUCCCUUGUUUCAGUGGGAUCACUUGCAUUUUAUCUGAGAGAUCCGAUUAGUUUAAAAGCGACAAGACUGAUGAAAACCUUCAAGCCUGGAAACGGAUUGGUAAAAUCACGCGUCCGUUUUACCAAGUGCUUAUAUGCCAUGUUGACGAAACAAGAUUUUCGUCCAGACAGACGAUCCGGUUGGCCUUCUCAAAGCCCGUCAUCAUCCGAGUACAAGGCACACAGUUUGGGUGCAAAACUGACAACCGGAUUCGAAAUUGUAUUAGAACAAGGUCGAGGGAAUUCAUCUGCGCCAUCAUCGACCAAUGGAGUGGAAACCUGUGAUGGCGAUAAUUUUGGUUGGCUUCGUUAUGAGGAAGCCUUAAAGAAGACGGGCUACUUUCGUGGAUAUAUGGAGGGGUCAAAACCAUAUCAGGAUCUGCUCUCUGGGGCAAAAGACUUUUACAAAACGAAUUUGGCAAAUGUAGACGGUAAUUCCUCUGCUAGCCAUCCCGUAUUUUCUUGGAAAGAAUCUGUAUGUCAGGAAGUCAAACAUUUGGCGGACACUGUCAAAGUCGAUUUAGACCAGCUCCAGAGCGAAAGUGAAACACUUCCAGAAGACGAUGACGAUUCAUGGCUAGCUAUCAAACCGGAAGAUUUGGAAUCUCUAUUACAAGCAAAGUUUAAUUCAGGGGGGUUAAACCCAAAUGAUAUUCCAUCUAAAUUGAAAGAAUUUAUGAAGCAGAUUUCUGACUUCUCUGGAGUAGAACCGGUUGGUGAUUCCACAAGUCAUCUCUCAAACAGCUCGUCAUCAGGAUCGCCACGCGAGAAUGGAGCCGCCGCUGGGGACUCGCAAAUCGAUAGCUUUGGAGAAAUUGACUUCAGAGCGGACGACUUUGUAUCGGCAAUGGAUAAAUUACUUCAUGAUUUAGGCGCUCCAGACAAAGAUUGGGAAGCUUCCGACGACUCCUUCGGAAGUGAUGAAGACGAAUACAAAGCGGAUUUGGAGAGCAUAAGCAAAAUGCACCAAUUUAGCACAGAAUCGCGAGAAUUCUUUGGAAUAAUGGAUCAGAUGGAUACUGAACUUGCCUCCACAACUAUUGGUCAAAGUUUCAAGUCACACCCAAAAAAUGGAGCAAGUCCUUCCUCCUCCAAAACGGUUCCAUCGUCAUCUUCUACCAGUUCCACCACUCAAGGACCAUCUUCUUCAAAAUCUCCCAAAAUUGCCACCGCCUCCGUAACAGAACUAGACGAAUUUGAUCAAGAGGAAGGUCUAACUCCCGUCAACAUUGACAUGAACGCUUUAGCCAAUAUAUUAGAAUCUUUCCAAAGUCAAGAUGGACCCUCUGGACCUUCAGCAAAUCUCCUCAGAAGUGUUGGAUUUGACAUGAACCGUGUUAAAAAGAAGUAAAUAUUCUUCAAAUCUCAUAAUGCAAUACAAAAAACAAAAUUUUUAAUUCUCUUGAAAUUCAUUCCUAAAUGCCAUGCUCUAUGAAAUAAUGAUGUGCAGUGCCGUACCUGUUGUUCAAUUCAACAUUCUAAAAAAAGUCACUUUGAUUAAUCAUGCUUCCAUUUGAAAUUCCACAACAGUCUUCAUAAGUCUUGUUAAAUAUUACAGUCAUGCCAUAGUGCUUCAAAAAACAAAAUUUUACUUGUUCAUACUCGUAUUUUACUUCCUUACUUAUACAAAUGCAAUAAAAAUCUUCUUGUAAGCAUA